AUGGGCAAACGCAAGCUUAACGAGCACGAUGUUCCCGAAGACGCCGAGCUUGUCGCUGCCUCAACCCAGCCAGCCCAGCCCGAGCUCCCUUCUUUCGACGCCCUCGGCCUUGAUCCCCGCCUGCUCCAAGGAAUCGUGCGCCAAAAGUUCUCGACCCCCACCUCCGUCCAAGCAAAGGCCAUUCCUCUCGCUCUGGAAGGCAAGGACAUUCUCGCUCGCUCCAAGACCGGCUCCGGCAAGACCGCCGCCUACCUGCUCCCCAUCCUUCACUCCAUCCUCAAGCGCAAGGCCGACGACUCCUUCACGAAAUGCACCUCCGCCCUGAUCCUCGUCCCGACCCGCGAACUGGCUGGCCAGGUGACAAAGACAGUCGAGGCGUUCGCCGCCUUCUGCGGCCACCAUGUGCGCGUCGCAAACAUCACCCUGCGUGAGGACGACGCCGUUCAGCGCGCCCGCCUGGCCGACUCCCCGGACAUCGUCGUCGCCACCCCUGGCCGUGCUUGCGUCAACCUGAACGCCGCCGCCCUCUCGCUGGACCGCCUCGCCCACCUGGUCAUUGACGAGGCCGACCUGGUCCUGUCCUACGGCUACGACGACGACCUGGAAAGCCUCUCCAAGUCCAUUCCCAAGGGCACCCAGACCUUCCUCAUGAGCGCCACCCUCAGCAGUGACUUGGAUGACCUGAAGGGCCUGUUCUGCCGCGAUCCUGUGCUGUUGGAGCUGGACGAGGAGGAGAAGGACGAGGCCAAGGUCAGCCAGUACAUCGUGAAGUGCGCCGAGGAUGAGAAGUUCCUGCUCAUCUACGCCAUCUUCAUGCUGAAGCUGGUCAAGGGCAAGGUCAUUGUCUUCGUGGCCGACAUUGAUCGCUGCUACCGUUUGAAGCUGUUCCUCGAGCAGUUUGGAAUCAAGAGCUGUGUUCUCAACUCGGAGCUGCCGGUCAACUCGAGAAUCCACGUGGUGGAGGAGUUCAACAGAAACGUUUACGACAUCAUCAUUGCCUCGGACGAGCACGAGGUGCUGGGCGACGAGGACAAGAAGAAGAAGCGAAAGAGCAAGGGCGGUGAUGAAGACGGGGAGGAGGAGCAAGACAAUGCCCACGGCGAGCAGCAGGACGCAGAGAUGCAGGACGCCGACGGCGCAGAGCCAAAACCCAGCGCGACCUCACCCGAACCCCCCAAGAAAAAACGAAAAGGCAGAAAGAAGGACAAAGAGUACGGCAUCGCGCGCGGCAUCGACUUCCAAAACGUCUCCCUCGUCCUCAACUUCGACCUCCCCACAUCCUCCAAAUCCUACACCCACCGCAUCGGCCGCACCGCGCGCGCCGGCAAGAACGGCAUGGCCAUCUCCUUCGUCAUCCCCAAGGACCAAUACCGCAAGCACAAGCCCACGUCCAUCGAGCUGUGCAAAAAAGACGAAGAGACGCUCGCCAAGAUCACAAAGAGCCAGCAGAAGAAGGGCAACGCCAUCCAGCCCUACCUCUUCGACAUGAAGAAGCUCGAGGGCUUCCGGUACCGGCUCGCGGACGCGCUGCGCGCCGUCACGCGCAUCGCCGUGCGCGAGGCCCGCGCCCGCGAGCUCCGGCAGGAGCUGCUCAAGAGCGACAAGCUCAAGCGCCACUUCGAGGAGAACCCCCAGGACCUGCGCCACCUGCGCCACGACGCCGAGGUCCGCACCGCCCGCCAGCAGCCCCACCUCAAGCACGUGCCCGAGUACCUGCUCCCUGCGGGUGGCCGGACGGAGGUCGAGAGGGAGAUUGGCUUCGUCGGCUUCAGGAAGGACGAGGGCAGGGACAAUCGCAUCAGGAAGGCGAGGGCGCAGAAUCGCGGCAAGGGGAGGGGGAGGAUCGCGAAGACGAAGAAGGCGGAUCCGUUGAAGACGUUUAAUGCGAAGGGGAGGGGGAAGAAAUGA